AUGUCCGUCAAAUUCCAGCAGGAGACUGUCCGCACCACCAGCGGAAUCAGGCCAGCAGCAAAGGAACUGGCGCAUGAAGUGGGCGAGCGCUUGACGGGUGGUAAGACCCAGACGGGCUACCUCGCGUCGAACCCGCUGCGCACCAAGAUGCUCACGUCGGGUGUGCUUUCUGGUCUGCAGGAGCUGCUGGCCUCGUGGAUCGCGCACGAUGUCAGCAAGCACGGACACUACUUCAGCUCCCGCGUGCCCAAGAUGGCGCUCUACGGAAUGUUCAUCAGUGCUCCUUUGGGCCAUGUGCUUAUCGGCAUUCUCCAGCGCAUCUUCGCCGGCCGGACGAGUCUGCGGGCCAAGAUUCUCCAGAUUCUCGUCAGCAACUUAAUUGUCUCCCCCAUCCAAAAUGUCGUCUAUCUAGCCUCCAUGGCCGUCAUCGCCGGCGCUCGGACGUUCCACCAGGUGCGCGCCACCGUCAAGGCCGGUUUCCUGCCGGUCAUGAAGGUCAGCUGGAUCACGUCCCCGCUCGCGCUGGCCUUUGCGCAGAAGUUCCUGCCGGAGCACGCCUGGGUGCCGUUCUUCAACCUGGUCGGAUUCGUCAUCGGCACCUACGUCAACGCCCACACCAAGAAGAAGCGUCUCGAGGCGCUCAGACGGCAGUUGGACCAGCAGCGUCGAGGAGGCGGUGCUGCAGCCCCUGGAGCUCCAGGCCCCGAGUACGGCCGAAGGGACUAUUAA